AUGGCGGGCGGGGUCUUAGACGUGGACCCGUCGAUGAUCAAGGCGAACCCGAAGAUGAUCGCGGGCGUCGUCGCCGCGGUGAUCUUCGUGAAGUACGUCGCCCUGAACGUCCUCCACGACUGGUUCGUGGAGCUCUCGCACACGCAUCACGCGAUGGGAUUCAUCCUCUUGAUGCCGUUCGUCGCCGCGGCGUUCAUCCUGCUGCUCAUGGUCAUCGUGACGUACGCGUCGUUCCCGCACGACUUCGUCGGGCUGAAGCUGCAUAACCCCAAACACUUCGCGAUCAUCGCGCGGCGGACGUGGAGCAGCAUGACGAAGAACAACUAUAAAGUGCAGGCGAAGGACCUGUGA